GUGGGCCGGGAGUAUCAGUGUCUACACAGGCAGACAUAGCACACUCGGCGAAAGGCUACGAAUCGGAGGAUGAAAACUCGGGCAGAAAGCGGCAGAGGGUCAGCGACGACCGGCCAGCCAGUCGAACGAACAUGUACUCUAAGCAGGAGUUCCGGGAACAAUACUGUAUCAACAACAAACAAUUGGAUUUGCUGGAAUUGGAGAAGUCCAAGAAAGAUCGAUUCCUCGGAUGUCUGUCGCAAUACCACAUCGAGAGUCCAUGUUCCAGAACCAACAGAGCGUCAUUUCUAUCCGUUUGUGUCCGUCGUCGAGUGCCCUCAGAUGAGAAUCUCAACACCGAUUAUGCACCCAUACAACGCUAUCCCAGGUUCGGGCAGCCGUCGCCCGCGCCGGCCGAGCUGCGCGCGCACGACGCCGAGCUGGAGUGCUCGUACUUCCGCCGGCGGCCGCGCUCCGUGUGCAGCCAGCCCGACCCCAAGCGGUACACGUGGAUGCCCGAGGAUGAGGACUUUACGCGCAUGGAGUGGCCACAAUCGGUAAUAGAAGAUAACGCGGGGUGGCCGCAAAAUUACAGUGUCGACCAAAUCGCGUCUGUCAGCCGAGGCGGCUCGCUCCCGCGACCACCUUCUAUAAUCCCUUGCCCUGCCCACACUCCAAUACCACCGCCACCUCCGCCACCACCACUCACCAUACCACCUCACAGAACAAAACACGUCUCUUUCGCUCGUUCGCACACUCUGACUACGUUUGAUGACUCCGUGAUGCCCGCAGCAGUUGGAGGGACUCGCUUCAGGCGAGACUGCGAAAGACUGAUUGAUGGACGGCCGGAGAACAAAGCAUACGCGACACUGCCAGUGAUGUUCCAGCCGUUCGCGCCGUACCCGCAGUACGUGGCGGCGCCCGCGCCGGUGCACUACCCGCCGGCGCCACUCGCGCCGCGCGCCCCGCACGCGCCGCACGCGCCGCUGGCGACACACGCGCCGCCGCCGUCGCGCCCUCCGCACGAGCCCGCUAAAGUCGUCGUGUUGGAUACACUUAAGAAAGGCGUUAUGAGGACGCAAGCAACGCAAACAGAAGCAAGUUUAGGAAAGAAAACCACAAAUUACUUAUCGCUAAGUCCCAGGACGAUCAAAAGGGUAAAAAUGGUAGCGGCUGGUGUACAAACAAAUGGCAUUACUGUUGGUGUCCGAAGGUUAACGAAGUCUUUCUCGGAGGUAGGCGGUGAUCGUUUAGCAGGAAUAGAUUCUAAUGGCGAUGUUACUGCUGCAAUUGAAAGUAUCAUUGCGGGUGAACACGAAAAAUUGCAUAGAACACAAUCAGAGGAACCACCUCGCUCUCCUCGUUCUCCCACUUCUACCAAACCGCCACUGUCGCCCUUACAAAGGGGAGAUUCUGAUGACGUCACAUCCUGUUCCAUAAAAUCAAUAGCUUCAUCACAAGUUGACAAAUCAUCCGAACUUAGUGCUCUUCAAAAACAAACCCAAGAAUACUUUCAACAAAACUUUCAAUUUAUUCACGAAAGCGACAGAGACGACACUAUUGACGAUGACAUUGAAAAUAUAGAAAAAAGUAUGGCAUUAAACAGAAGGAACUUAGAAUACUUACAACAAGAAAUUGCUAAGCAAGCACAAAUUGAUAGAUCUUUGAGAUCAAUCCUUUCGAAAAGCACAAGUGAUGCAUCGCAAAAGACUGUAAAUUCGCAUCCUUUAUCUAAAACAUCUACAUUUCAAUCUGAACCAUCUACCGAAACAUCAGCUACGACAACGGAUGAUAGUGAAAAGAAUGAAAAGGAAAUUAUUAUCGAUUUUGAACCUAGACCAGAUGAUGAAGCUAUACCAUUUACAACCUUAAGAAGGAAAAAUAAAAGAGUAUUGCAAAAAACGUUGUCCGAAGGCGAAAUUUUGCUAGAUGCCCGAAAAACAGAAAUCGGCUCAGGAAGUGAAGGAGUUAAAGAUGCACCAAUAAUCAUGUCAACUAGUCAAGAAAAUAUGACGAGAGAGGACAGAGAACGUGAGGCUAUGUUUAAACAGUAUAUUGCGCAGAAUUACAGCGAAACGCCUAUAAAGGAUGAAGGCAUAUUCCCGUUUGAGCCAGAUGGGUCAUUCAGUUCUUCAGAAAGCAAUGCACCGUAUGAAGACUUUCAUGAAAAAUAUAUUAGUUACAAGCAUGAAUCAUUUAGAAUUCGAAGCGUUAGCUUUGAAGAUAAGACAGAAAAUCAUGAUAAGGAAGAAAUUCCAUUGGACAGUACUGCUAAAUCAAGUCCAGCUUCACCAGAAAUUACAAAUCAUGAUCUUGAAGAGGAACAAAAAGUGAAGCGAACAGUCAUUUCUAAUAAUGUAACAACUAUUCUUGCACCUUUAGAAAAAAAUUCACCAUCUGCAUCCAACGAAUCACUUACUGUUGAUCAAAGCAGAGACCAUUCUGAUGGAAUUUGGAACGAAUCGCAAGCGACUGUAUUACAGUUAGACUCUGGCACUGAUAAUGGCACUGUUGUAAGCUCUUCGGACCUUAGUUCCUUGGCAGCGUCACCUGGAGCAUUGGCUCUAUUAACUCCAACAUCAAGAAGAAAACAACUGUUAUUACUACAACAUCAACAGAGAUCCUCCUUAGAUACAGACGCUUUAGACGAAGAGUUUGAUGCAUCUCAAAGUCAAUCACCAACGUCACCACGCAAUAAGCUAGACACAUCUAGUUCGAGCUCAAUUCAUCAAAUGCGUCCAUCGCUUUCACCACCGGCUGUUGUACCAAAUAUUCCAUUGCCUAUGUUAGCAAUAACAAAACAACCAACUAUCUCUAAAACAUCGCCUUCUCAUGCAAAAAUCAACCACACACCACAAAUUGCAAUAACACAUCCCAGCUUAGAUUUGAGCGACGUUCCAUUUAAGCGAACUCCUAGUUUCAUAAAUAAAAAGCGAGAAAGGGCACUGAGUCCAUCGAGAAGACAAGAAUUAACACAGAAAAAAUCUCAACAAAAAGAACCAAAUGGCACAAUACCAAAUCAGAUGGUACAAUCACCGUCAGAACCAUCAUUGGCUAAAGCAGGAAGCAGUGAGACUAGCUUAGCCAGGACUGAUUCAGGUAAAUUAAAUACAGAUGUGUCAGAGAGUACUACUACAACAGAAGAUUAUGUAACAGCUAAUUCAGAUAGUUCUAAGAAGAGUAAUAGUAAAAACCAAAAUCAUAGUUCAGAAAAUAAUAACAAAGCUCAAGAGGGAUCGUCAUUUGAAAGUGCAUCAAGUUUGUAUUCAUCAACUAAAACGGAUAAUAUAGCGGAAGAUUUAAUCGUGCCAAGUUUUUCACCGCCUUUAGAAAUAAGUGACGAUUUCAUAGUACCUAACUUAUCAUCGCCACCAUUACCAAUGCCAGAUAGAAAAAUAAAGCCUUCCGUAGAAAGAUUUGAAGUUAAAGCAGAAAUCAAUCCUUCGGUAGAGUAUAUAAGAAAACAUAAGACUGAAAUUUGUAAAUCCAAAGAAGAUGUUCCUCCUAGAACAAUAAUUUCAACGCGAGAAACAACUAGCCUUAAAAGCAGUUCAAGUGGCAGUUAUAGUAUAGGAGGGUCUAACCCAAAUAUACUUGAAAGUGUUAUCGAUAAGACUCAAACGGAAAAAAUGAAAGAUUUGCCUGAAAAAACCGAACCCCAAGAAAAUAAGAUCAAAGCAGAAAAAUCUCCAAAGCAAGAACAAAAAGAACAAUCGAUACCAAAAAACAUGGGUUCGCUGUCCGACGAUGAAAGAAGUGUUCAUUACUCUUCGUCAGGCUAUUAUGAAAGUCCAAUAGACGAUGAUGAUGAUGGAGGAUUGACCUACAAACAUUCACAAAAAUAUAGAUCUACAAGUCGUCCCAAACUUUGGUUGUCAGAAGAGAAACGACGAAAAAAGAAAGCUUUUACAUUAGAAUUUUCAAAAUCAUAUGACGAUUCAAUAUCAACUUCUCAAGAUGAUUGGGUUAAAAGAGACAAAGAAUUAAACAAUCAAAGCCACAGGGUAGAAAGAAGUUCCUUGAAAUCGACUCUAUCAAAAUCUCCAUUAGAAGAAAAAAAUCCAGAAGCAAGGAAAAAGAAGACACACUUUUUGGAUAAAACCAAAAGUUUACAGUCUUCACCCAGAGAAACGAUAGAUAUUGAAAAAUCGUUAAGGGAUAAAAUGAUGAAAGAGAAGGAGGCUGACAAUAAACGGCCACUCGAAAGAGAAAGAUACGUAAAAAGAACUAAAUUGAAGGCAAAAAGUCCCACUCAAAGUAAAACUAUAGAUAUCGGCCAUAGAGGAUCGCAUUAUGAAAGAAGAGAAGCACUAGGGUCAAAUAUGAAAUUACAUCUUAAUAUACCUACCUCGGAUGAUUCUAGUGAACAGUAUAAGAAAAACGGUACGAGUAAUGGCAAUAUAUCCCCCAGAAAGCAUAGACGAUUGCGCGACAGUCCAAGAAGGAAAGGAACUAAUUCUUCAAUAGCUAAAUCUCCAACGUCGAAUAAUAAUCACUGUGGCUACUCCUCAAGACCAAGGCGAAAAAGCGGUUCCAACGAAAGCAUAUCAUUACCCGGUAGUUUGCCUCGGAGAAAGCAAUCUAUACCAACGUUACCUUGUAUGAGUUCGUUAGAAGCUGAAGACAUUGAAACUGCUCGAACUCUGACAAGCGCUGGUUCAAGAUUAACUCCUUUGCGCUACGUUAAAAGUCCAACAUCGUCCCCCAGACACCGUAAACAAGAUAAAGACGGAAAGUUCGCAAAGGCGGCUUCAGCAGAAUCCCUCCGUUCCGUUUCGCCAGGCUCCGACUCGGUGUUCUAUUCGGAGCGAACCGAGCACAGCGGCGGCGCGGACGGCGAGGCGCGCGCGCACUGCCUGCACUGCGGCAAGGAGGUGCACAUCGUCACCGCCUCGCACGACCACGACAGCCGCGCCUCUAAGACCUCGCAUACGGACGAAUCUUACGCCGACGCAACACCGGACAUAGUGCCCGCACCGGCCGGUUUCGCUGACUCACCAUCUUGUAUGUCCACGAAGAAACACGCGACUGGCGCUCGCCUUUACAAGAAGCUGGAUAAACGAUACCGCUCGGAAGAUAAAUCCAGGCACUACCGGCAUCGGCAAGAUGUUCGAGCUAAGUCGGAAGAGAGGGGCAAAGAAGAAUACGCGUCAAGUGAAAAGCCCCAAGACGCGCGGAUCGCGCGCUCCGCUGGGAACAGUCUCGACAAACUCGGCGGCUCCCACGCCAGCGUCGAUCCUGAUGAACACGAGGAAUGUUCUGGAAGCUCCGAGGGCGCGGAAGGGCGCGAGCGCGGCGUGUACGCGACGCCGUGGUGGUGCGGCAACUGGAUACUGCUCUCUGAAACCGAUGACCAUUGGACCAGGAUUCCACCUGAUACAUUAGCAUCGCCGGAGCCAAGCCAGGAGGACCCCACGGAGUCGGAGACGGAGUUCAACAAGCGAUACGUCGCGCUCACGCACCGCCUCGUGCACCGACGCGCCUGCAUUGAGCUCAAUAAACGGCAGACCAAUGAUACGUUUGAAAGCGACAAGACGGUGGUAGUGCGUCGUGGUAACGAGGAGUUCGGGUUCCGGAUCCACGGCAGCAAGCCGGUCGUGGUGUCCGCCAUCGAGCCCGACACGCCGGCCGAGACCUCCGGCCUCGAAGUGGGGGACAUUAUUAUAUCGGUUAAUGGAAUCAACGUGCUAGACAAAACACACUCGGAAGUGGUGAAAAUAGCUCAUUCUGGCUCGGAAAUUCUUGAAUUAGAUGUGGCGCGCACGUGCGAGGCGGUGGCGACGCUGGCGCACGAGGGCGGGCCGGCCGCGCUCUACUCGGGCUACCUGUGGCGCGCCGCCGCCCGCCCGCACGCGCCGCUGCGCUGGACGCGCCGCUGGUUCGUGCUCAAGCGGGACAACUGCCUCUACUACUACAAGACCGACUCGAGCAUCCACCCAGUGGGCGCGCUGAUGCUAGUGAACUACCAGCUGAGCGAGGAGGACGCGGGGCGGCCGCACGGCUUCCGCCUGCAGCGCGGCGGCGGCGCGCGCCUGCGCCUCGCCGCCGACUCGCCCGAGGCCUCCGCCAGGUGGCGCGCUGUGCUCGCGCACGCCAUCGACGCCACCAACCAGCGCGACGGUUGGCUGGAAGUGACGAUACGCAACAUGAAGCUGCCGCCGUCGUCCAUCCCGCGGCCCGACUGCUUCGGCUACCUCAUGAAGCUCGGCUCCAAGUGGAAGUCGUGGGCGAAGCGCUACUGCGUGCUCAAGGACGCCUGCCUCUACUUCUACAGCGACGGGAACAGCAAGAGCGCCUUCGGCAUGGCGUGCCUGCACGGGUACCGCGUGGCGAGCUGCGCGGCGGGCGGCAAGAAGUUCGCGUUCGAGGCCGCGCCCAGCGAGCCCAACCAGCGCCACUUCUACUUCCACACCGAGUCCGAGAUGGACAGGAAGCGGUGGAUGGCAGCCCUAGAGUACUCGAUAGACAGAUGGAUGAAGGCCGGUUGACGAAAAUAUUUCAUUUCGGAUUCCUUCGAAUUUGUAUGAACGUCGCAAAUAUAAAUUUAAUGUUUUUG